AUGAGCAUACUAUAUGAAGAUGAGGACACAUUUGUUAUUUCUCACAAGAAAUACAUAGAUUCUGUGUAUAAAGACAUAGGUUAUCAGAUUCAACCUGAUCUCUUCAAUAUUCAAGUGCCUUAUAAAUUACCAAAGAAACAAACAACUGCAAACUCAACAUCUAGCAAAGGAUUUGGCGUGUUACAUGAUGAAGUUCGAUUUCUUGAGGAGAAAUAUGCCAAAUUGAAAGAAAAGUCUGUUUUAAAUAUGUUUUGCAAUGAAUCUAAAGGACAGUCUAAUGGAGAAGCAAUUAAAUUCCUGAAAUCACUACAUAUACACAAAAGUUGGUUACAGAAUACAGUUAAAAAUGCAUUUGGUGCAAAUAUGGCUCCAGCAAUGGUUAAAACAAUUGAUGGAGAAAAUUUCUUGUUUCCUAAAAACACGAAAUUCUAUUCCAAAGAUAUAAGUGAAAUACAUGAGCACUUGAAUACCAAAUAUAAUUUAGUUCUGCUAGAUCCUCCUUGGUGGAACAAAUUUAUCCGUAGAAAGAGAAAAGUGACAGGUGAUGGUUAUCAGAUGUUGUACAAUAGUGACAUUAAGAAUAUUCCUAUAGAAAAUAUUCUAGCAGAAAAUGGCAUUGUUGUGGUUUGGUGCACAAACUCUACACAGCAUUUUGAGUGUUUAACAAAAGACAUUUUUCCCAAAUGGCAAGUCACAUAUAGAGGGAAAUGGUUCUGGCUGAAGGUUGCAGCUAAUGGUGUUCCAGUUUGCCAGUUCAGUGAACCCCCUAGAAAACAGCCUUUUGAAAAAAUCAUAUUUGGUUUCAAAAAACCACCCGAACAAUUCCCUAGCAAAAUAAUUGUUAGCGUACCAAGCAUUAUGGAUUCUCAUAAACCUCCUUUGUUAGAAGUGUUAAAGCCAUAUUUGCCUGAAAACGCUGAGUGCUUGGAGAUAUUUGCAAGAUACUUACUGCCAGCCUGGACAAGUUAUGGAAAUGAAGUUUUAAAAUUACAGCAUGAGUAUAUUUAUGAAAAAAAGUCUAUAAUAUAA